AUGGCUUCUUCUUCAAUUAAUAUUAUUAACAACAUUUCAAAUUCAUUAGAACCAGUUCCAAUGCCUGCACAAAAAAGUAUGGAUAUGAUUGGUUCUCCUGUAUCCUCCAAUACUAAUGCACUGCCCUCCAAUGAUUCAUUUGAUGAAUUUGAGACUGUUAAAAAUAAGAAGAAACUUAAACGUAAACAUAAACAUAAAAUGAUGACUUCGUCUUGUCUUCAAUCUAAUUUUGUUCCAGCAUCUGUUUUACCAGUACCUAUUACUUCGUCUUCAAAUAUUACUGCUGCUGCUACUACUAAUG